AUGCCCUAUGGUCAAACAAAGUUGAGAAAGGCCAAGAAACCCAAUUAUGCAAAGGCGCAUAAGGCACAUCUUAGUGCAUUAGAGAGAAGAAGAAGAGAAUCUGGCAGGAAAAUAAUUGAAGCCUGCAAACAGGCAGAAGCGGUCUUCCAAGCCGAAAAGGAGGCUAAAAGCAUUGCCGCAGAAGCCGCUGCUAUCAUUGCAGCCUCUCAACCAAAGCUAUCGAGAAAAGAGGCGAGAGCUGCGGCUGCUAAGGCUGCCAAACAAGAAGAAAGACGGGAAUGUCGAAUCGCAGAAGCCAACGCUGCAGAAGUGACUAGACUAUUGGCCAACGAUGCUCUGCGCCUUGCAAGACGAAUGUAUGCAUUGAGGUUAAGAGACCCACGAGUGGGAGGAGACUGUGCGGAUGUAAACAAAGAAGAGGACGAAUAUGAGGAUGAUGUAGAAGAGGAAGAUCCAGAAACUCUAGAUGAGUUCAAAUACAGAGUCCUAAGCUGGUUUGGACUCCACCGUAAAAGGGGUUAA